AUGAAAUACACACCGUCUCAAGAGAAGAAAACCUCCAGAGGCCCCGGCCAACAAAAGCAGGAGCCCGAGGCGGGCCAGAUUACCGGAGAUUCGAGACCGAUGAGUCACGGGAUGACGUGUAUGCGUGUGGACGUCCAAAUAAUAUCCGAACCCAAGCAAUGCGAUGGCGCGAUGCGCGUCUGUCUUGGCGCAGACCGUCGAGGACUCGAGGAACAGAAACGAAACAAACUAGAAAACUCGCCGAUGUACGCACACGUUCAGCUGGCCCAAAGGCCUCGAGUAUACUGCAGACUGCAGAAAUCGGAUUCGGUGUCUGUUGUUGGCUUGAGGCUUAGUUGGGCCAUCUUCGGCUGCGUCAGCAGCCAUGGCCAAACUACGUUGCUAACGACGCGGAGGACGACGGGGACCGGCGACGAGCCGUUCUAUAUAGGCUUCAGGCUUAGAAUCGAUGGACGAGGAGAAAGACGCGAGGACGACCGAGUCUGGGGCGAAAGACGCAGGAAGGUAAGGCAGAAGAGAAGCACGGGGCCAAGCACGCGAACGUGGAACAUGCGACCCCAGUCGGCGUGGUCGGCGUCCUCCACAUCGAGGGUGGCAGACUCUCGUAUUGAUCCGAACAGGUCUUCAGCGCUCAGCAGUUCGGUGUUGCUGGUUCUGGGCAUAGAAACGGCCAUACCAACCACCCCCAGCGGUGUCGCCGAUUACGUUUUCACUAUAGGGGGAUAUUUAUUGAACGGAUCGCCGACAGAACUAAGCCAUUUCAACUUCAAAUGCAAUAGCACUAAACAACUGUAA